AUGUUGGCUUCACAACAACUUGACACUUGGAUCCUUUCCACAAGUGAUCACGGGAACAAACAUUCCAAGAUCAAAACAUUCGCCAUUCCAGUAUUCGUAUUGAUAUAUGCAUGUUUCUAUCUUGCAGCAAGUUCCAUGAAUGUCCAUGCUCAAUGGACAGAACCAGUGGCUCCACAGGAUUUGCUCCAUUCCUACGUUCCACCCAAUGUGUAUCAAAUGGUUUUCAAUGAUGAGUUCAAUGGACCUUCUUUGAAUCGAACCAAAUGGAAAACUCGUUACAUUUACAAUGGAGGUACUUUGGAUUAUCUCAAUGAUGAAAUUCAAAGAUAUCGUGACAACAACAAUCAUGUGUUCGAAAAUGGUUGUUUGAAAUUAGUGGCACGUCAUGUCAACAAUUCUCGAGUCGAGUCUGGAAUGAUCCGUUCGGUGUAUGAAACACGUUAUGGUUACUAUGAAGCAAGAAUCAAAAUGCCAUGGGCUCGUGGCGUGUGGCCAGCGUUUUGGUUGAAUUCAGGUUACAGUGAAAGAGGAAAUCUUUCAUGGCCACCAGAAAUUGACAUUUUUGAAUUUGUGGUCAAUGGUGUCGAUGACAAUCCUGGACCCAUGCUCAACAUGUUACAUUACGGUGUAAUUACUCGUCCAAGUACUCCUUCUCAACUCUUGUAUAAGAAUUCUCGUUUCGAUUCUGUUUGGAAUAAUUUUUAUGCAUCUGCCGACUUGUCAAAAGUUUGGACCACCUAUGGACUCGAAUGGAACCCUUCCAAUGUCAGUGUCUAUGUCAAUUCUACUCGAAUCUACACUAGAACGUAUUCAUGGGUAUAUCCAAGUGAUUUGACGUUGGCAGGUCCAGCACAUGUCUUGUUGAAUUUGGCAAUUGGUGGAAGUUGGGCUGGAAAAUAUGGUGUGAAUUAUACAGCCUUUCCUCAAGCAUUGGAGAUUGAUUGGGUGAGAGUGUAUAAACCAGUGGAGAACGAGGGAGGUCAAAAUAAUGGAAAUGUGGGACCAAUGCCAAAUGUCAGCACAUCUCAAAAAGUUGUCCAUUCAAGAGUCAAUGCAGCAAUGACACAGACAAUGUUGCUGUUGCAAAUGAUGAUGAUAUUAAUCAUUGUUCUAGCUGUCCUUACAGUAUUCCAUUAA